AUGCCUGUGCGCAGAACUGGAGAAGCGCACCGCGCACUAGAGCAACUUGAAGAAUACCAUGCGACUUUGGUAAGCGCGAGUUCAAGUGAACUGAAACGUGAAAUCGAAAAACUGCUCACUCAUUUCAAAUCAGCUCUUUUUCAAUCGUUAUUGGAUAUCCAAGAAUUGUAUGAAGAAACACUUUUGAACGAACGUAAAAGCGUGUCGCAGAAAGCUCUCGAGACAAGAAGAAUCGCGGAACGUUGGCAAAUAAACCCUCCGUUCGGCAAAUCAUUCAAAGAUGCUCCACUCGCAACACCGGACUCUGGCUUCCAAUAUUUGGACCAUCAUGUUCCAUCGAUGUUUACAAACGGAAAUGAUCCAUCACAUUCAUACUCAAUGCAGGAACAACGUCGUCAAUAUUCCACAAAUGACGGUUGGAGGACAAGUGAAACACUUACGCAGAUGACACCGUCUGGUCAGUUCUCGUCGACAGUGACAAAUGGAUUGAUAGAUAACGAUGGUGUUGAGUGGGAGAUUGAGGAUGUCAUAUUGGAGAAGGGACAUACUGGUCUGGGGUUCAGUAUUGCUGGAGGAAUGGACCAGCCAUAUGUUGAUGGCGAUCCGUCCAUCUAUGUGACAAAUAUUAUUCCUGGCGGGGCAGCUGCAGCCGAUGGACGGAUGAGGCCUCAGGAUAUCAUUCUGAAGGUGAAUUCAACCGACUGCAGUCGUGCACCACAUGAGGUGACUGUUAACGCACUCAAAAAUGCUGGUAACGUGGUGCGAUUGGCGUUGAAACGACGUCGAUUGGGUGGAAGACGAAGUGCGAGUUUCAGUGGUUUGUCAGCAGCUUCGUAUCAACCAGGCACUAUUCCCAGCGGUCUUACCCCAGUCCAGCAGAACUCACCAUCUGCACCCACAUAUCCACCACCCGCUCCACCGUCGCACUCGUCCUAUACAAAUAUUCCUGUUCAACGUGCCCCAAGAGAGAUCGAACGGCUUGAGCGUAUCCCAGGAGUGCAAAAAAUUGAUCUUUAUAAAGGCACGAAAGGAUUGGGAUUCAGUAUCGCUGGUGGUGUUGGGAACGAGCAUGUGGCCGGUGACACGGGAAUUUAUGUGACAAAAGUGAUCGAUGGUGGUGCAGCGUAUCACGAUGGACAUUUGCGCGUUGGCGACAAACUUCUUGCGGUUGACGAUAUAUCACUGGAGAACGUAACGCACGAUUUUGCGGUUAACACUUUGAAGCAGACAUCAACUAAAGUCACUCUGCUCUACCUCAAGAAUCCUCAUCCAGAACUGGUGCCGAUGUCAGCGCUUGAUGACAGCCUUAGUCGUUCAAUGAAUGCUAUCCCAACCCCAGCCAGAUCUAGUGGGUCCCUACAUCAAGAUUCAUUCGAUGCAAAUCUCCAGCCACAGUACCAGGCCCAACCCCAACCCCAGCCUCAACUCCAACCUCAGUACCAACCUCAACCUCAGCUACCACCACCACAGCAAGUCUAUAAUCCGGUUGCACCUCAAGAAAUACCACUGGUGCCAAGGCAAACCAACUUGAAUAAGGGAAUGCAAGGUCUGGGUUUUAAUAUUGUCGGUGGUGAAGAAGGCGAACCUAUCUACAUCAGUUAUGUUCUACCGGGUGGAGUGGCUGAUUUAUCUGGAAAUGUUAAAAAGGGUGAUGUGUUACUUCAAGUUAAUGGUGUUAAUUUACGGAAUGCAACUCAUGCCGAAGCAGCACGAGCUCUUAAAGAAGCAACUAAUCCCGUCAACCUCAUUCUUCAGUAUCGUCCGCAAGAAUAUGCGGAAUUCGAGGCAAAGAUUGAUCAGCUUCGCAAAGAUAUGAUGAGCGGUGGAGUGAUGGCGUAUGGCGCUCCUCGAAAAGACCUCUUUGUCAGAGCACUGUUCGAUUACGAUCCAUCUAGAGAUGCUGGUGUGCCGCAUCGUGCGUUAGCAUUCUAUUACGGUGAUAUAUUGCACGUGACAAACACAACUGAUGAUGAUUGGUGGACAGCACGUUUAGUCAGUGAUAACGGCGACGAAGGCAUGGAGGGUGUCAUUCCAUCGAAAAGACGAGUCGAGAAAAAAGAACGUCAACGUAGAAAGCAGGUGAAUUUCAAUGCGGGAAGUCAAAGUUUGGGUCGUAACGCUGGUAUGGAUGGAAGACGAGGAUCGCGAUCACAGCUUUCCUUCUCCCGUAAAUUCCCAUUCGUUAAGAGCACCGAAAGAUUGAACGAAUUCACGGAUAAUGAACUUGGUAUGGCCGAAGAGCCGAUUCCGACGUACGUUGCGGUUGAACGCCAACAGAUAAACUAUCCGAGACCAGUGAUAAUUCUUGGGGCAAUGAAGGAUCGCAUAAAUGAUGAACUUGUACAGAGAGAUCGUGAUCGAUUCAGCAGUUGUGUUCCUCAUACGAGUCGUCCACCAAAAGACAACGAAAUAGACGGUAGAGAUUAUCAUUUUGUUUCGAAGGAGCAAAUGCAAGAGGACGUCAAGAACAACCUGUUCAUCGAGGCUGGACAAUUCCAAGAUAAUCUCUACGGCACCAGUAUCGGUUCCGUUCGUGAAGUUGCUCAAUCGGGACGACACUGUAUUCUGGAUGUGAGUGGCAAUGCUAUCCGACGAUUGCAAUCAGCAGCGAAUAUCCAUCCGAUCGCCAUCUUUGUUAAACCACAAAACCAUCAUCAAAUUAUGGAUUGGGACCACACGAUCAACGAGGAUGAUGCACGAAAUCAAUUUCAACGUUGUCAACGAAUUGAGCAAAGCUUUGGAGAUCUUUUCACAGCAGUCGUCAGUGGUGCAUCGUUUGAGGAUUUGGUGCGCCGAGUGCUUGGUGUUAUUGGUGAACAGUCAAGACCGUAUGCGUGGGUACCGACAAGAGCGCAAGUCUUCUGA